UUUAUUUUUUAUUAUCUUGGGAUCCGAACUCAAUAUUUGUUCUUUUCUCUCUUCUCUUCUCUUCUCUCUCUUUCCCGUGACUAAGAAAACUUUAUUUGCGCACGACUUUGCUACACACACGUUUUGAAGCGGUCGGUGUUUGGUUGUUGUUGGGAAAUGGCUACGAAGAAAGUGUUUGGAGCGGUGGAAGCAAGUGAUCUGGUUAAAGAGCUUCGUCGUAGCUUUGAUGAUGGUGUGACUCGUGGUUAUGAAUGGAGAGUUACUCAGCUUAAGAAACUUUUGGUUGUUUUUGAUAACCAUGAACCCGAGAUCGUCGCGGCUCUUCGCGACGAUCUCGGGAAACCUGAGCUUGAAUCUUCUGUUUAUGAGGUAUCUCUAUUGAGGAACUCGGUUAAGUUAGCUCUUAAGCAGCUAAAGAACUGGAUGGCGCCGGAUAAGGCAAAGAUUUCUCUAACAACGUUUCCUGCAUCGGCCGAGAUUGUGUCUGAGCCUCUCGGAGUUGUCCUAGUUAUCUCGGCUUGGAACUAUCCCUUCUUGCUGUCUAUUGAUCCUGUUAUCGGCGCGAUUUCUGCUGGAAAUGCUGUUGUUUUAAAGCCAUCAGAACUGGCUCCAGCAUCGUCUGCUCUGCUCGCGAAGCUAUUCGAACAGUACCUAGACCCUUCUGCGGUGAGGGUUGUUGAAGGAGAUGUUACUGAAACAACUCUGUUGUUGGAUCAAAAGUGGGACAAAAUAUUCUACACAGGUAGUUCGAAAAUCGGGCGUGUCAUAAUGGCGGCAGCUGCAAAACAUCUCACACCGGUUGUCCUGGAGCUUGGAGGAAAAUCUCCUGUCGUAGUCGACUCAAACACCGAUUUGAAAGUUACUGUGAGGCGGAUAAUCGCAGGCAAAUGGGGUUGCAACAAUGGUCAGGCUUGCGUUUCGCCUGACUACAUCUUGACAACAAAAGAAUAUGCUCCAAAACUGAUUGAUACCAUGAAGCAUGAAUUGGAGAAGUUUUACGGGAAGAACCCUAUGGAGUCGAAAGAUAUGUCGCGUAUUAUAAACUCGAACCACUUUGAUCGCUUAUCUAAGCUGUUAGAGGAGAAGGACGUUUCUGACAAAAUCGUCUACGGUGGCGAAAAAGACAGAGAGAAACUGAAAAUUUCUCCAACAAUCUUGCUUGACGUACCAUUAGAUUCUUUGAUCAUGAGUGAAGAAAUAUUUGGCCCUAUCCUUCCAAUCAUCACGGUCAAUAACUUGGAAGAGAGCUUCGACGUGAUUCGUUCUCGACCUAAGCCACUAGCUGCAUAUUUGUUUACACAUAACAAGAAACUUAAAGAAAAAUUCGCCAUGACAGUUUCUGCUGGAGGCAUAGUGGUCAAUGACAUAGCUGUUCAUCUUGCGCUACACACAUUACCAUUCGGAGGAGUAGGCGAAAGUGGAAUGGGUUCUUACCAUGGAAAAUUCUCAUUUGAUGCUUUCAGUCACAAGAAGGCUGUUCUCUACAGAAGCCUAUUUGGUGAUGCACCGGUCAGGUAUCCACCAUACUCGAGAGGGAAGCUUCGAUUGUUAAAAGCGCUUGUCGACAGCAAUAUUUUCGAUAUAUUCAAAGUCCUUCUAGGUUUAUCUUGAAUGGUAAAGAUUGAAAGACAGAAGAAGACACUUCCCCUUAUAUCUUACUUUCUUGGUUUUUACUACCUUAUGAAUAUGGUUGGUUUGUUAUAAAGAUAUAUGAUUUGUUUUAGUGUGGAUUGAAUAUUAAAAGUUGAUAAAUAAAAGCUUUUCUAAA